AUGAUCAACGUUCUAUCCAAUGUAAUCAAAGCAUCUAAGGCACCUGUGCAACAACAAUCGUUGAUAGCAUUUUCGAUUCGUUUGGCUAGCAAAGAAGCAUCUUUUCAAACGAAACCGUAUAAGUUACAUCGACUAGAAUCUGGUCCAUCAACGAAUGUUUCUGUUACAAGAGAUGAUGCUUUAGAUUACUAUCGUCAAAUGUCGGUAAUCAGACGGAUGGAAAUGGCGGCGGGAAAUCUUUAUAAGGAGAGAUUUGUCCGUGGUUUCUGCCAUUUGUAUGUAGGACAGGAAGCGAUCGCAGUUGGACUUUGUGCAUCGAAGGACAGUGAAGACGCUUUAAUCACUUCAUAUCGUUGCCACGCGUUUACCUAUUUAACUGGAUCGGGAGUCGCCGAAAUUUUAUCGGAAUUGACAGGUCGACGUUCUGGUAAUGUGCACGGAAAAGGUGGUUCCAUGCAUAUGUAUAACAAAAACUUCUUCGGCGGUAAUGGCAUUGUUGGCGCACAACAAUCACUUGGCGCUGGCCUAGCAUUUGCUCUUAAGUAUAAUAAGAAAAAGAAUGUUACAUAUACUGUGUAUGGUGAUGGCGCAGCAAACCAAGGGCAACUAUUUGAAGUCAUUAAUAUGUGUGCAUUAUGGAAUCUACCAUGCAUCUUUAUCUGUGAAAACAAUGGGUAUGGUAUGGGUACACCAGCUGAUCGUGCGUCUGCUGUAACAGACUACUACACACGUGGCGAUUAUAUACCAGGUGUCUGGGCUGAUGGUAUGGAUGUUCUUGCUGUUCGAGAAGCAGUGAGAUGGUCAAGGGAAUAUUGCAAUACUGGAAAGGGUCCUCUUAUGUUAGAAUUUGCUACUUAUCGAUAUUCUGGCCAUUCAAUGUCAGAUCCGGGAACGAGUUAUCGAACUCGGGACGAGGUGCAGCAAAUGCGCAAAUCUCGCGACCCGAUCACGGGUUUUAAAGAUAGGAUUGUUACUGCCGGAUUGGUUUCCGAGGAAGAAUUGAAAGAAAUGGAUAAACAAGUCAAGAAAGAGAUUGACGAAGCCGUAAACGUUUCCCGAACUGAUCCUCCACUUCCACUCGAAUCUCUUUACUGUGAUAUCUAUCACAAUACACCUCCUCAACAUGUUCGUGGUGUCACCCUGGAUCAAAGUGCCGUACAGAAGUAUUGCAGAACCGAUGAUUUGCUGAAAUCAUUAGGAGUGAACGUUUGA